AUGGCGGAAAAUUUUGAACAACUUUGUUCCUUUAAAGUUCUCGACUCUAUUCUCGUCGAAAAAUACCAUUCCAAGAGAACAGGCAUUAAAUUUUGCUUUGCUAAGGUUCCUGGUCCUUUGGUUAAUGGUUUCCUUUGUCUCGCAACCGAGGCUCAUGACGAUGAUGGUUUGCCACACACUUUGGAGCACUUGGUAUUCAUGGGAAGUGAAGAAUAUCCUUUUAAGGGUAUGUUAGAUUUGUUUGCUAACAGAUGCUUGGCACAAGGAACCAAUGCAUGGACAGCCACUGACCACACAGCUUACACCAUGGAAACAGCUGGCAGUGAAGGCUUCCUGAACCUUCUACCCAUCUAUUUGGAUCAUGUGCUUUAUCCAACUAUUACUGAAUCAGCAUAUAUUACAGAGGUUCACCAUGUGAAUGGUGAAGGAGAAGAUGCAGGUGUUGUUUACUGUGAGAUGCAAGGGAGAGAAAACAUGGAGACAUCAAGGACUUACUUGAAUUUUACACGCGAGAUGUACCCAGGGGUCUGUGGCUAUAAGUCAGAGACUGGAGGAAUCAUGGAAAAUCUACGAACAAGUUGUAGUCACACUAAGGUCUGUAACUACCAUCAACAGUAUUACCGUCCAGAAAAUUUGUGUGUUAUCAUCACUGGACAGAUUGAUCCAAUUAAGGUCUUCGAGGCUGUCAAGCCCUUUGAGGAAAAGGUUCUUGGCAAGAAACCGCUGGCUCCUUAUGUAAGACCAUGGCAGACGCCAGUUCCACCGUUAGGUAAAUCUGUUGACAAAAUUAUCUCCUUCCCAACUGAGGAUGAAGAAUCCGGGUCAAUAGUGCUGGGUUUCCGAGGACCAUCCUGCGAAGAUCAUUACAGCCUGGCUGCAUUAUCUGUCAUACUAGACUAUCUUACAGACACCUCUAUAGCUCCACUGCAGCGAGAACUCGUUGAAAUUCCCGAUCCGUUCUGUAGCGAUAUUGGGUGUCAUGAACUGGAGUUCUUAGAGAGUGCUUUCCUUAUCAAAGCUGAAAAUGUUCCAUUUGACAAGCUCUUGGCCGCUAAGGAAAAGAUAAAAGAGGUUCUCGGAAACCUCGUAGACGGUAGGGAGGUCAUUGACAUGGAGCGUCUUAAUGUAGUUAUCCAUCGAAAAAUUCUGGACACCAAGAACAAGUUUGAAAACCACCCUCAUGAUACGUUUGCGGAUGUGCUAGUUGGAGAUUUCUUGUACUCCACCAAGUCAGAGGAUCUUAAAGAAAGGAUGGAAAUAAUCCAAUGUUUGGAAAAACUUCGGCAAGAAUCGGUGACCUUCUGGGUGGAUUUUUUGAAGAAAUACUUUAUUUCAUCAAGAAGUGUUUCGAUAACUGGAAAACCAAGUGCACAACUGAUGAAAGAAAUGUCAGAAGGAGAAAAGAAACGAAUGGCUGACCAGCGGGAAUCUCUUGGCGAGGAAGGAUUGAAAAGCAAACGGCAACGGCUGGAAAAGGCGACAGAAGAUAACGAGGUAGCUCCCCCGCCGGAUAUAGUGAACAGUCUUCCUGUGCCCUCCACAUCCAGCAUCAGUUUCCAUCCAAUUAAGAUGUUCAGUAACAGGCGGCAAGAUGGCUGCCAUGAUUCUGAGAGUGAAGCAAAGAAGUUUCCUGUAGCAGAGAUACCAUAUUCUUUCCAGCUGGACCAUAUAUCCACAUUGUUUGCUAAGCUAACUGUUUUACUUGACACAGCAGUUGUACCAGAGGAACUCAAACCUUACCUGAGCUUGUACCUAGAAGUGAUAUUCGAGUCUCCUUUGCUAAGAGACGGAGUUCUUAUUCCGCAUGAGCAAGUGGUAGCAGAGCUUGCUGCAGACACUCUUGACCACGUGUCUUCUCUAGGACUUAAAGGAAGCAGAUUCAUGCCAGAGGAGUUUCCACAACUUGCUUGCGUUACACUAAAGCUUGAAGUGGAGAAGUAUGAGAAGGGAAUCCGCUGGCUACGGGAUUUGCUGUACAAGACUCAGUUCACGAAAGACAGGCUCGAGAUUGUGGGGAAAAAGAUGAUGAAUGAUGUGGCGAGCAUGAAGAGAAAAGGACGAACUGUGACUAAAGCUCUAAUUAGAGACACUAUGUUUACAAAAGAAAGUAAUAUGUAUUCAGCCAACAUGGUGAGGCAGUACAGUUUCCUGAACCAGUUGAUGACGGACCUUGAUAAUGACGCGUCCAAGGUCAUCGAAAAAGUUGAGAAGCUUCGAUCUCUUUUGACGCAGCCUGCAAACUUACGUGUUCACGUGGCAGCCGAUGUGAACAGAUUACCGGCAAAUCCGCAUGUGCUAUGGAAAACAGACCUGUUGCUUGAUACCUCUGCUAUAAUACCAAAGAACAUCCCGCCAGUUAAGAAAUCCAGUGCUUUCCUCACCGAUAGUCCUGGCCAUGGUAAAAUAGUCGGUGUCGGAGCAGUGGAGUCAUCGUUUCUUUAUCAAUCCACUCGGUGUAUCGACAGUUUUGAUCAUCCCGACCUCCCUGCAAUAAUGGUGUUCCUGGAAUGUUUGACAACUUUAGAGGGUCCAAUAUGGCGCCAAGUUCGUGGGUUGGGAUUGUCCUAUGGUUACGGAAUGCGCGUUAUUCCGGAGAAUGGAUUACUUUUUCUGUUUCUUAUCAAGUCAACUCAUUUGGUGAAGGCCUACAAGAAAACUCAGGAAAUUGUGGAUGGUUAUCUGUCUGGAAAAAUGGCGUUUGAUGCCGGUGAACUUGAAUCUGCCAUUAGUAGUGUCAUCUUUGAGAUAGUUGAACGUGAAAAAAGUGUGUCAUCUGCAGCCUCCCAGAGUUUGAUGUCCCAGUUUAGAGAUGUUGGUCCAGACUAUAACAGACGUCUGUUAAAAAGAAUAUCUCAAGUAUCUUUAGAGGACCUGAUGAGAGUGGGACAAAAGUAUGUUGCAUCGUUAUUUGACCCGGCCCAGUCCUCUUGCGCUAUCUGUUGCCAUCCAUCCAAAGUGGAGGAGAUAAGAGGAGAAUUUAACAGUAUCAGUAAGCCCCUUGGUGCGGUAAAAUCACUGGAAGAAGAAUUCACUUGGACAACAUGAGCGAUUUUUCGGUGAGAUCAACACCACACAACCACAUUUAUCUCCUACGGAUCACAGAUCACGGAGCACAGAUCGCAUUUGGCGGAGUGGAGGUUGCCUGCUGGAAAAAAAAGUAAUUCUCUAUGUCGCUUUCUGCAAUAAACCAGUGGCAAAAUUAUCUUCUCUCUUGUAUACAACUAGUAGGCUCUUAAUGACCAAGGUUGGGAGCGACCUCCUUAAAAAAACUAUUCGCGAGAAAAUGAUCGCGGACUGAUGUAAUGUGAAACUUGGUUUUGUCCCAGAUGCUCCAAGUCAGUUAUUGGCCUCGCCUCCAAUCAAAAUGAAAUUAGCAGUCCUUUGCUAGUUCAUUUACCAAGGAUCUCCAGUAGCUCUGAGAUGCUGGGCAUUCCUAUUAACCCAUAAUGUGACAAUCGAGAACACCCCACAACUGUUUAUCGAAAGGAAAUUAAAUCCGACAGCCUUGUCAAACUCUCUAACUUUUAACAUUGAAUUAUCUCAUAAUAAAUAGAACACAAGUUGCAAAGUA